AUGGCAGAUCAAGGAAUGGAAGGAAGUCAGCCUGUUGACCUAAGUAAGCAUCCUUCAGGGAUUGUUCCUACUCUUCAAAACAUUGUCUCGACCGUGAACUUAGACUGCAAGCUUGAUCUUAAAGCUAUUGCUUUGCAGGCUCGUAAUGCUGAAUAUAACCCCAAGCGUUUUGCUGCGGUAAUCAUGAGGAUAAGAGAGCCAAAGACCACUGCUUUGAUCUUUGCUUCUGGGAAAAUGGUGUGUACGGGAGCUAAGAGUGAACAUCUUUCAAAGCUGGCUGCUAGAAAGUACGCUCGGAUUGUUCAAAAGCUUGGGUUUCCUGCAAAGUUCAAGGACUUCAAGAUUCAAAACAUUGUAGGCUCUUGUGAUGUCAAAUUCCCCAUUAGGCUUGAAGGUCUUGCAUACUCUCACAGUGCUUUCUCAAGUAUGGAGAUAAUAUGUCUGACGAUUAGCAUCUCUCUCCAGUACGAGCCUGAACUAUUCCCAGGACUGAUAUAUAGGAUGAAACAACCGAAGAUAGUACUACUUAUUUUUGUGUCAGGGAAGAUUGUUAUAACUGGUGCCAAGGUAACAAUCUUACUUUCUCUCAAGUGA